AUGCAUAAUACUAGAGAUAAAUAUAAAAAUAAUUUCGAUGCCAUGAAAUCAAACUAUGAGUCAAAAAUAAAAGAAGGACCCACCGAUAUUUGUAGUUGUUGCGGUGGUUUAUGGUUUGCGUAUUCUAUCAGAGAAUAUACAGUUGAAAUGUUAGUAAAGAAAGGAUUAAAAAAAGAAUUUAUCGAUACAGUUUGUUAUCUAAAACAUGCAAUUAUCGAAUUAUGUGCUACUUGUCGAAAGGACAUCAUGUCAAAUAAAAUAACUAACCUUGCUCUAUCGAAUGGUUUAGCAUUCUAUGAAAUACCGGAUUGCUUGAAAAUCUUGACUGAAUUAGAAGAAAGAUUGAUAUCACCACGAAUUCCUUUUAUGGUAAUUCGAACUUUAGGCUUUUCUAAACAAUUUGGUCUCAAAGGUAAUUUAGUAAAUGUUCCCAUGACCGUCGACACAAAUGUUUCAAUAUUACCCGGAAGUUUUAGUGAUACUUACACGAUUCAAUUGAAACUGAUGGGACAAAUGAAAAAUAAAAAUGCUUUUAUGUAUGAAACAAUUCAACCAAAAGUCGUACAUACAGCCGUUAAAUACCUUGUUGAACAGGAACUAUAUAAAGAUGAAGGUAUUGUUAUAUCUAAUGACUGGAUUAAAGAGUAUCUCAAUGAAAAAGAAAAUUUCAUAGUCAAAAACGAAGAUAAAAAGUUUAAUGAAACUGAAAAUACGGAAGAAGAUUCCGAUCAUGACGAUAAUUGGAAUGAAAGUGAUGAUAAACCAAUUAAUCCAGUAACUACUGAAACGUUGUUGAAUGAUGAGACCGAGCAUCAAAAUGAUACUGGUAUUAAAUUUGCUCCAGGCGAGAAUAACAGACCGAUAUCUGUUCUAAUGGAUUUGAAAGUCGAUGAGUUAACAUUUCCAAAAGUCUAUUGUGGAAAACAACGAAAAAUUAAAGAAAAUGUCAAACUAACGUAUGCUAAAAUUGCUAAAUCAGAAUUAAGAAUAUUUGAUAGAAGAUGUGGUAGAGUGUCGAAACUCUUUUUCACAUAA